GUUAUCUUAAAAAAAAACAAAUAAAAUUCUCUCAAAUACUGAACACCAGAGGCAGAGGGUUUUUCUCUCCCCUUUUCUCUCUCUCCAUCUCUCAAUUUACAGUUCAGGGUUUGGUCCUGGAUCCUGGCUUCGGUUGAUGAAGAAGGGGUUUCUGCUUUUUAGGGUUCCCUACUGAUGGAACUGUGUAGCCAUUUCCUGGUGAUCAGAUGGUUUGCUUCUUUUCUUUUGAUCGCAUUUGUGUCUGUUUAGAGUGAAUUCAUAUCAUUUGAGCAGUGCCAAAUAUAAUUUGGCCCCAGAAAUUAGAUUAGGCUUAUUGGGUUUUGAUUUGGAGGUUAAAUCUUGGAAGUUUAUUUCUAUUCUUCUUCACCAAGUGGAUUUUCGCUUCUUCUUUUUGAUUGGCUGGAAUCUUUUGGAGCUCUCAAUUGUCUGAAAGAAACAAGGGAAAAGGAAAUUGGGAUUUCAGUUUUAGAUGAUAGCCGUUUAUUUCGUGGAGCUGGAAAUCUGGAGGAUGAUAAAUUUUCUGAAUUUUCUAAUUGAAGGUUGUUCAGUGUAGUAGUUUUACAGGAUGUUGCCUUGUGUUAUUAGGGAUAAUUAACCUCUUCUUUGUUCAAGGUUAUUUGAUUGUUUAUUUUCUGCUGGUGUGCUUGUUGUGAGAAAAGAAAUGGAAAAGGAGCUAGUCUAUGUUGAAGGAACUAAUAUGUAUGUGGGUGAUGAUGUUAACCCUGAAGAGUCCUUUUGUGCUGAAAUGGAAAUUGAAGAAAACGAAAUUGGGAGUCCAAAGAAUGAAAUUCAAAGGUUGACACCAGAGAAGGGUGAGGGAAGCAAUGUAGUUUUCUCGAGAGAAGGACCCCUUAUAAGUAAAGAGUCAAAAAGGUGUGGUGUGUAUCGUUGUGGGGCAAAGAAACUCAAGUCGCAUGCAGUUGUAACUGAAUCUGAGAUAGGAAAGAAAGAGAAUUCUGGCCAUGACAAGAAACUCACUAAACAAGACAGGAUUGAGUUAGGUCGGUUGUUUCAGGGUGCAGUAAGUUCCCAUGAUUGGGAGCUUGCUGAAAGUUUGAUUCUGUUGGCGGAUCCGCAGACUCUUAAUGAUGCCUUGUGCAUCACCCUGGACUCAAUCUGGUUUUUGAGCACACAGCUAGAGCUUCAUGGGAUAACUGGAUUGAUUAAGAAGAUAAUUGCUAAUGGUGCUUAUGACUUCACAAGAGCUGCUCUUAGGACUUCAUUUCUGGCUUCAUGUGUUUCUGCCUGCCAAAGCCGAACAAUGAGUCUUGCAGAUACAGUUAAUGUGAUGGCUCAAAGGUUGCAUGAGCGUCUCCAGGAAUGCAAUGGGGAUGAGGUCUUGAAAGCAGAAGCUGGUGCCAAGGUUCAAAAGUUUACUGAAUGGGCUUUAAAAUGUAUAGGGUUUCACUCUCGUUGCCAGGGGAAUAGGGAUAGAGUGAGUCAUAACUCAGCUAUUGAGAUUCAACUCCAAUUAUCUGCAUUCAAGACUUUUUUAGACCUCGCUGGUAAUCAACUCACGGGAAAGGAUUUCACGGAGGCCUUCGAUGCAGCUUGUUUUCCUCUUACUUUGUUCUCUAGCUCAUUUGAUCCUGGUUGGGCAUCUGGGAUAUCAGCUACUGCAAUACAAGGAUUGUUGGGUAUGCUGGUUGAAGGUGGUGCAGACAAUGUCAACCAAUGUUUUCUUGAAGCCUCUCGUUUUGGAAGUACAGAACUUGUGCGCAUCUUAUUGCAGAUUGCCCAGAGGAACAGCUUGGAUGUUGAUGUUGAUCUGGCCCUUGGGUUUGCUUCUCAUUACUGCAAAAUAGGUACAAUGGAAUGUCUAGUGGAAGAAGGCAAUGCUAUAGCAUUUUUAGGUCCUUUGAUGAGAGCAGCUGAAAGGGGCUGUAUGCUAGUUGUACAGUGGUUUGUGAACAGAGGUUGCCGUGACAUGGAACUAUGUCUUGCCCUUACAGCUGCCACUUCCAGUAGCCAAGUUGAUGUUGCUGCAUAUCUUCUCCCUCAUGUACCUCAGCAUGUUCUUGCAGCCCUCAGCAUUGAAAUUCUCAAGGCUGCUGGUGAGCGAAGUGGUGGGUCACUUGAUGGUGUGGCGUUUCUCCUCCGUUCUGAUUUCCUAGGCGACCCUGUUGCUACUUAUGCUGUUGCAGACAGCAUUGCUAGGUCCGAUGAUGAGGCUGUUGCCCCUGAGCUAAGGGCUUUUCUUCGGGAGCACUGGUCGGAGGCAGCUUUCUUGGAUGGAUUAAAGCAAGGGCAAGAACAUUAUAUGAAUCUAAUGAUGAUUUUGAAUUGGGGUAGCUCUCCGAUGUGCAUAAGAGAUCUGCCUGGCCCUCUCAGGGUGGCAAUUGCUUAUCUUCCACUCUAUCGGGAGUGUGUUGCAGCAGGUGGUUGUUUAUUUUCACAAAGGUUAAGGGGACAGCUUGUUGAAGCUGUGAGACGGCUGGGAGGUGGGUCCUUAGAAGGGGUUAGUCAGGGCAGAGAGCUCUUGGCUAUUUUGGAGCAUUACCUUCCUCCAUUUUUGGUUCACGCCCAAAGUAUUGGCUAGAAGAUUUUGCCAUGCAGAUUUUCACUACAGUUUUCCCCUUUGUACCUCACAUAUGCUAUAGACAAUAAAAAAAGAAAAAAAAAGAAUAUAUCUCAGCAGUAAGGCUACGAAGCUUUUAAGGUUUGCCAAUUUUCUUUUCAUGAUGUGAUUGGCUAAAUCCUACCUAGUUUUCUCUGCAAAAUCUCUAUAGCAUAUACAUCAUAUAUAUAUUUAUAUAUCAUCUGUUAAUGGAUGCGAAUGAUGAUCUGUAAUAUAUAUGACACAGAGCAACUGUUGUCACAAAGGGUUGAUAUAUGGUGCGAAUGUAUAUUAGCCGAGUAUAAAUCUUUUCUUUUUCUUUUU